AUGAUAAAUUUUGAUGAGACGCUUACCAAUUCUCACUUGGUGUCGUUAGAAGAGGUUAGAUAUACAAUUCCUGCCACCCAUGUCUAUCAACAACGACGAAAUAUUGUUAUUCCAAAUUAUUCCACUCCUCCAACAACUCAGUAUGCAAGUCUAGAGUGUGUGCCUCAGAGCAGUUCGAUAAGUGCCAAAAGUGCAGCGGCUUCAACGAUUUGCACUGGAAAUAAUUCAAAAAAUAACCAUACAACAUGGCCGGCAACAUCAACACAACAAAAUGAUUAUGAACGUGAUAAUCAAACUAUCGAAAAUAAACCGUUAUACAACGGCGCUAGUAUCGCUAUUAAAUCUUAUCAUAAACAAAUUCAUCAGUUUUGUACAGAUCUUAAAUUAGAUAAUGAUCAAAUAACAAAAUUACUUCAAUUAAUUUCAUACGCUUUGCCACAUGAUCAUCAUUUAGCUCUAACAUCACAAAAACUAUUUGAACUAGUUCAAGAUAAAAUUCGUUGUCCAAAUUGUUGUUAUGAAAUCAAUACUGGAGGAAUCAUUAAUGAUCCAGUCAAUCGACAACCAUUCGUAGCUGUACAAAAUAAUCCAUCUUCCACUUCGGCAAUUCAAAAUGCAAUUCAGAAUGAUUUAAAUGAAACGCUUCAGUCACAAAUUGACUAUAUACAAGAACCAUACGCCGAUACAAUUGAACAGAAUAAAAAGUUUAAAUCUUCGAUUAUAUUUGAACCAGUUGGACAUGAUCAAAUAAGUAAAUAUUUUGAAGUUAAUCAAUUUUUUCAUUUAGUAAAUGGCAGUUUACCAAAUGUUAAUAGUCACAAUGUUGAAGAUGUGUCCCAUUUAGAUCCAACAACACCACUUACUACGAGUGAUGCAUUUAAAAUAGCUGUUGCAACAAGUGUUAGGCCGUUUCAAGAUGCUGUGAAAGAACUAUACAGUUUAAUUGGUUUACAAAAUGAAAAAUUAGAAAGAAAUUUACGGUAUACACAACAUUUACCAGGACAAAUGAAUAAUGCUGUAACAAGUGUCAACAAUUUUCUUCGACUUACAUCAAAACUUACAUCUGGAAAUAAAAUAGAUGAUAAUGAUCCAAAUGUAAUAUUGAUAAUUAAUGAUAUUGAUUUGAAAGAUGCUCAAGUAACAAAUUCAUUUACGGGAACUGGUCGUAAUUGUGUUCGACAUGUAUACGGUCCUGAUGCAUCUGGUCAUUCAUUAAAACAGGGCGAAUUUGAAAUUAUUAUAGAAGCUAUUGCCUAUCUUCAUAAAGUGUCAUUUGCCGACGUAUGGUCUAAAGCAACGAUAAUAAAAGAAUCGUUAUUGCAAAUGAAAUAUGACAAUAAAAAACAUACGGCCACAUCUUCCACAAUAGACACAUCUCGUUCGAAGAGAGGCAAAUCACGUCAGUCAAAACAAGCAACAGCAUCUUCGAGAGAUAUUUCAAGUAUUAAUUCUGUUCAAGAACUAAUUACUACGGCGUUACCAAUAGCGCAAACAAUCGAACAACAAUCGUCUUGA